AUGGCAUUCCGUCGAAAGUUUUCCGCCCGCCAUUACUGGGAUGACUGCCGGAAGUACAAGGUCACAGUCGUACAUUAUAUUGGAGAACUCUUUAGGUAUAUUCUUAAAGUUCCGGAAUCACCACUUGAUGGCGUCCACAACAUCCGAAUUGCGAUGGGUAACGGUCUUCGAUUGGAUAUAUGGAAGAAAUUCCAGGACAGAUUCAAAAUCCCGAUGAUCGUAGAACAUUUUGGGGCUACAGAAGGGACAUCACUCACUCUGAACCUCACCAACAAAGUCGGGGCCGUCGGAAGAAUAUCCCCGCUAAUGCGCCUUGCUUCCAAAUACAAACUGAGUGUACAAAUACGUGUGAUACGCUAUGAUAGGGUCAAAGAGGAGCCAAUCAGAGGAAAGGACGGAUUAUGCAUCGACUGCGGCGCAGGUGAGGAAGGCCUGAUAAUAUCUGCUGUACCCGAAACUACGACAGAAUUUUAUGUUGGGUCCAAGUCUAUCAAUGAGAAAAAGUUCCUCAGGGAUGUUUUCGUCAAAGGCGACGCCUACUUCAACUUCGGGGACAUAGUUUUCGUUGACAAAGAUUAUUAUCUGUACUUUCGGGACAGACUUGGGGAUACAUUUCGUUGGAAAAGUGAGAACGUGUCAACACGGGAGGUAGCUGAGGUGUUGAGUACAUUGAGUUUUAUACAAGAUGUCAACGUGUACGGUGUCGAGGUACCAGAUAAUGAUGGAAGGGCAGGAAUGGCAGCCAUUCUCCUAAAAGAUCACUCAACCAGUACACCGGAAGUACUACAACAAAUCUACCGGAAAUGUGCUAACUCACUUCCAAACUAUGCCAGACCUUUAUUUCUGAGGUUCCCAACCAAUUUUGAGGUCACACAGACAAUGAAGCAUAGGAAGGUAGACCUUGUUAAAGAGGGUUACAAUCCAGACAUCAUAAGCGACCCUGUCUACUGUGUUGACGUAAAAAACAAAACGUAUUCUCCUCUUGAGUCUGCGUCUUACCACCAAGUCAUAAAGUCGAGGCUAUAG